GGUAUUCCAUGUUUUAAUGGAUACACAAAGCAGAACUUUCUUUUAAAAGCAUAUCUUACUCAUUGCACUGGGGAUAUACCAGCGAUAAGCAAAUGUCUUAAUUUAGCUGGUCAUAAUGCUUACAAAGGUUGCCGAUUCUGUAAUUUACUUGGGAUAUAUAGUACAGUUAACCGGCAUAUAUAUUUUCCAUUAAAUAAACAGUGCAAAAAUUUGGUACUUAGAACACAUGAAGAAACAAAACAUAUUAUCAAUCAAUUAUCAUUGGAAACUAAUAAAUCAAGAAAAGAAUUAAUUAUAAAAGAUACGGGAAUUAAGGGUGCAAAUUUAUUAUUUAAAUUAAAAGGAAUUGAAUUUCCUUGGUCUUUCCCCAUAGAUAUAAUGCAUCUAUAUUUCGAAAAUGUAGCUCCGCUUAUGUAUUUACAUUGGUCUGGUGGGUUUUUUAAAGAUAAUAAACAUGAUGACAACUCCUAUAAUUUAACAAAAAAAGAGUUAGAAUAUAUUGGAAAUUUGAUGAAAGAAAGUAAAAAAUGCCUUCCUCUUGAAAUUGGUCAAGCUCCUAGAGACAUAUCAAAAUAUCAUACUGGAUUUAAAGCUAUUGAAUGGCGUAAUUGGAUUGAGUUAUUUUCGGUCCCACUUUUAAAAGAUAUUUUUAUUGAUAAGUAA